CGCCAGAGCCGGCGCGUAGCUUGGUAUUCGGAGAGCGGAGCGCGCGCGCGAGGAUGGCGGCUCCGGGCUCGGCUUUGGGACCCUUGGUUGCGGAGCUGUACGACGAGCAGGCUUUCAAGUUUGGGGAUUUCGUGCUGAAGAGCGGGCUCUCCUCUCCCAUCUACGUCGACCUGCGGGGCAUCGUGUCCCGACCGCGCCUUCUCCGUCAGGUUGCAGAUAUUUUAUUCCAAACUGCCCAAAAUGCAGAGAUCAGUUUUGACACUGUGUGUGGGGUACCUUACACUGCAUUGCCGCUGGCUACAGUUAUCUGUUCGACCAAUCAAAUUCCAAUGCUCAUUAGAAGGAAAGAAACAAAGGAUUACGGUACUAAGCGUCUUGUAGAGGGAACAAUCAACCCUGGAGAAACCUGUCUGAUUAUUGAAGAUGUUGUCACCAGUGGAUCUAGCGUUUUGGAAACUGUUGAGGUUCUUCAGAAGGAGGGCCUGAGGGUCACUGACGCCAUCGUGCUGUUGGACAGAGAGCAGGGGGGCAAGGACAAGUUGGAAGCAUACGGGAUCCGUCUCCACUCAGUGUGCACACUGUCCAAAAUGCUUGAGAUUCUUGAGCAGCAGAAAAAAAUUGAUUCUGAGAUGGUUGGGAGAGUGAAGAGAUUCAUUCAGGAGAAUGUUUUCGUGGCAGCUAAUCAUAAUGGCUUUCUUCCUUCUCUAAAGGAUGCACCCAAGGAACUCAGCUUUGGUGCACGUGCAGAGCUGCCUCGGACCCACCCUGUUGCAUCAAAGCUUCUGCAGCUUAUGCAGAAGAAAGAGACCAAUCUGUGUCUGUCUGCUGAUGUCUCAGAUGCCACUGAGCUUUUGCAGCUAGCAGAUAACUUAGGACCCAGCAUCUGCAUGCUCAAAACUCAUGUUGACAUUUUGGAUGAUUUUACUCUGGAUGUGAUGAAGGAGUUGACAGCUCUGGCAAAACGUCAUGAGUUCUUAAUAUUUGAAGACCGAAAAUUUGCAGAUAUAGGAAGCACAGUCAAAAAACAGUAUGAAGGUGGUGUCUUUAAAAUAGCUUCCUGGGCAGACCUAGUAAAUGCUCACGUGGUUCCAGGUGCAGGGGUUGUGAAAGGCCUACAGGAAGUUGGCCUGCCUUUGCACAGGGGGUGCCUACUCAUUGCAGAAAUGAGCUCUGCUGGCUCCCUGGCCACUGGGAACUACACUAAAGCAGCGGUUGGAAUGGCUGAAGAGCAUUGCGAAUUUGUGAUUGGUUUUAUUUCUGGUUCUCGAGUUAGUAUGAAACCAGAAUUUCUUCACUUGACCCCAGGAGUUCAGUUACAAGCAGGAGGGGAUCAUCUUGGCCAACAGUACAACAGUCCACAAGAAGUUAUUGGUAAACGAGGUUCUGAUGUCAUCAUUGUGGGCCGGGGAAUACUCUCAGCUGCUAACCGCAUAGAAGCAGCUGAGAUGUACCGAAAGGCUGCCUGGGAAGCUUAUUUAAGUAGACUUGCAGAUUCAUCGCUACACUCAUAAAAAUGCACUGAAACUUACUGGCCUCCUCCUAAAUCGCUGUCUUGAAAUGAUUAGCCUUUCCUGCUGGGUGGAUUCUUGUAUAGGGCCUGUGUGGGAGGGACUUGAGUUAAAAACAUCGACUGGAAAAUGUUGAGUGGCUGAUAAUCACUGCAUUGAAACUAUAUAGCACACUCAUUUUCAGACCUGCUUUUAUUGAGACUGCUUUGUUUGGCAGCCAUAACAAGACAAUUUUAGAAAUGGAGUGUAAAACCAGUAUAGCACGUGUUCUUGUUACAUGUUGCCCAAAUAAUGUCUAUGAACUCAUAAAAGUGGCAGUCCAGGUAUUCAAAUGUUGCUGGAUCAAGAACUACCCUUCCUCUUCCCGAGUGCAGAUGGGAAAGGAGAAUGACUGUCUGUGAGCCUCUAGUUCACUUCUCAGCAGCAGGAAUCCUUCACAGCUGCCUCCUACCUUAUUUGAAAAAGCUACUUCUUUCCUGUCAGCCACCAGCCUCAGGUUCUACCUGGGGGAUGGCUUAAGGAUCCCACUUAAAUAUCCCAGCUGUCAUUACAGUGGGAAGCCAGCCUUCACUACUGUUAAAAGGCAAUUCUUUUUGUCCAGUUUGGAUCAGAAUCUGAAUAAAGGCAAAACUGUUUACAAAGCAGGCAGCCCCCAGACCAGCUUGCUGUGCUAUUACACCCUCCUGCCCGCUGUUUACACUCUCCUGGUUCGUUGGUUGCAGUACUUCCUGCAACCACCCAGUUAAAUCUGUAUUGGUUUACUGGGCUCAGUCCAAAUCCAUGGCCUCCCACAAGUUUUCCCAUUUCCCACUUUUGUUCAGGCUGUCAUCUAGAUUGUCACUAUGGUCCUGGGAUUCAGGUCCCCACACAU